CACGGGGGCGGCUGAGGGACCGAGGUCAGAAUCGCCUGCUGCCAGGCCUCCGUGUCAGCCCGGGGAGGUCGGGGCGCUGCUGCUCCCCCAGUGUUAACACCACGGCCUGCCGGUGUUGAAUCGGGUUGGCCUUAGGCCUAGCCUGGAAAUGAUAACUCUUCUCUUAGAACUCGGCGUCACCUUUUCAAUUUUGUUCUUGAAGGCUUUGGAGAUCAUAGCUGUCCCCGAGGAAGUGGAGCCUAACCAAAGAAGGGGGCUGAUUGUGAGCCCACUGAGGGGACGCUGCAGCCGUGAGCCCAGCACGGGGCCGUCACCGAAGAAAGCUUCAGAUACCGUGGUUUAAGGAAGCUGCAUUUGUUCACCACGCCAAAGGUCACAGCCCGCAUCCCUCAAACGACAACCGGAGGCAUUUGGUUAAUGUGAUCAGACUGUGGUCCAACCACGCUCCAGAGUCCGGGGCUGGUGGCUUCUUUUCAAAGAGGGAAGACAGUCUUGUGUUAAGUUACCGCCCACUGGUGAAUUUGUGCACCUUGGAGUACUUGACCUUCCUUAGCCUGCUCUACAUUUACAUUCCAGUUUUCUGUAAUGCGUGCUAUACACUUCAAAGGCAGCAUAUGUGAAUUAGCAAUUUUAAAAUGCGCCCCCAAGUAGAAGUUUUAAAGCCAAGUAAUUUCUUGGAAAUGAAAUCUACUUAACGGUUAUACAGUUACAUAGUUUGGCUAACAUUUUCUUUCAUGUAAAAUAAAAAAUAAUAUAUUCUUUUUAACCUUGAAGUGGGUUAUAGAGUGAAUCUGAAAUGGUACAGGUCUCGGCUUCACGUUUUUAUUUUUAAAUUAUGUGACAGGAAAGAUUCAUUUUUCUGAAAACAAAACUUUGAUAGUCAGCAUCUGUAGAAUGCAUUACCAAACAUAAUAUGGCUAAUAUACAGCAAGUACCUAGGAAAAACAUGCAUUUAAUAAAUUAGGGCUACUCUUAUUAUUAUUUGUCCUUAAAUUAGCCAUUCAAUUUGUGUAGUAAAACUGAAGAUUUAGAAUCUUGGGAGAGGUGAUGAAAGUAUUCUAAUUUAUUCCAUCAAUAGGUAUAUAACUCUAUGAAUAUAGUAAAAAAAAAAAGUAUUGAACUUUAGUCAAGGUGGAUAAUCAUAGGUGAGCAAUAGCUUAAUAAAAUGUGUCUAAUACAAGUGAUAUAGAAAACCAUGACGGUGAAAUGGUGAUAUGUUUGUGGCCAAAGUUUACCAAUUUUUAUUUUCUUAUUCUGACAUGACAUCAAAUAGAAUCUGGUGAGUCGGGGUUGAAACCUUAUUGCUAAAACUGUUUAUGUACUUUUUACAGCUGUUUGUUUUUGAAGGUCUGGUUGCUGGAACACAUAGUCAACAAGCGGAUAUGAAUGAGUCCAGGCAACAGUCCCUGUUCUUUAUCAUACUUCCAGAUUUACACAAACUCUGUGCUACCCAGAUAAUAUUGAGUAGCAGGGUGGCAGAAAUAGAGAUUAGGAGUACGCAGAUAAAGAUGUGCAGGUAAAAACUCGUGUCUUCUAACUAAGCCUUUCAACUUUAAAAAUCCCAUUAUAGCUAUUUUAGAGGGAUUUUCUUUAAAACCCUUACUAAAUCUGUAUAGAUAUUUUGAAAGCAAAGAAUCCAUGUAUGUUAGAGUACAUUUAAAAGGGAAUUUAAAAUACUUGAGGUAAAUAUCUCACUGUUGGGCUUUCAUAUUUGUGACCUCUUGUGUGCUUUAAAAAUUUUGAAUUUUCAGGGCUGGAAAGAUGGCUCAGUGGUUGAAAGCACUGGAUGCUCUUCCAGAGGACCAGAGUUCAUUUCCCACAACCCACAUGAAGCUCACAACUGUCUGAGACUCCAGUUCCAGGGACUAACACCCUCACACAGACAUAACAUGCAGGCAAAACACCAAUGCACAUAAGAUAAAAAAUAAAUUUUAAUUCUCUGUAAGACUUAAUUCAUGAAUUAAAUUAGGCUCCCCCAAAAUAUACCAAGUAAUGCAUAUUUACUAUAUACUCUUUACAAGGUACUUGAAGAUACUAAAAGAUUAAUAUAACUUCUGAACUUUCACAUCAAUAAGUGACAAUGGAGAAUAUUUCUUUAAGAACUAUCUUGCAACUCCUAACCCAAGGCAGUUGCUACUUCUGCAUGAAGAUAUUCUUACAGCACCUGUGCCUGGAAUAUUAAACCAAAUUUGGGUAGUGAUGUCGAUACCAUUUUUUAAAUCUGGGAGACUUAAUGCCUAUAUUGAAAAAUAUGGAGCUAAGAUGGAGGCUCCACAGAGAGUAAUUCCUGUAAUUCUUCAAAACUGCCUUUCGUAUUCACUCACUGCUAGACUGGCUCCAGCCUGGAACAGAGCAGGUCAUCUCUUGGUACAAGGAAGAAAUUUUCUUUCUCAAAUGGGAAAGCAAAAUGCUGUUGUAUUAGACAUCAAUGUAACAGAAACACAAGUUUGUCUAAGUAUUGAAGUCUAUACAAUCAGAUUGCCAACACCUGAGCUAAAGGAGUUUGAUGUUUCUCAGCGUAUUAUAGAGGAUUUUCAUGCCAACCAGAAUGCUGUCAUUGAGAGACAUUCCAUCUUAAGCAACUGGUGCUACAUUCUGCCCAGCAUGAAAAUGGGGCAGAUAAUAAAUUUUCUUCAUACGGCACCGCCUGACUGUCCCUUUCGUUCCUUCAAAGAUUUCCAGAGGCACUGGGAUGACUUGUAUGGCUAUAAACUUCCAGAAGAUUGUGGAGAUAUGAAAAUAUACUGUAGCAUCUAUUUCAAAAUGGUCAAAGAACGGACCUUCACAUACCCUCUCAGUUGCAUCAGGAGUCAGCCCAUUCAGUUCUUCCCAAGGGUGGAUUUGGAAGGUGUGUUGAAAAGCUUUCUUUCGGAUUUAAAAUCUAAACUGCCGCAUAUAUGUGGAUUUCCCAUAAAGAUGACAAAUAAGCCAUGCUACUACACACAGGAGCUAACCAGACCACAAAAACAGGAAAACAAAGUCAAACCCCCUAAUCUGACGACUAAGAAACACUUCAGAGCUUCUCUAACUCAGGCCACUUUGCUGAAACCCACAGGGGCUCUAUGUUUAGUCCCACAGCCAACCGCAGUCAACCACAAGGUGGAGCCUUUUGUCAACCAGCAGCGCUCAGGCUGGUUUUCAGCUGAUCCCUUCCAGCCAGGGUCUCCUCGGGACCCGAAGCCCUCCUGGCCUCUCCAGGCACCACAGCUGCAUUUGGAAGUGUCGAAACUCGGCAGAGAAAACACACAAGUUCAACGCUCACAAAGUAAGAGACCCCCGGCAUUCAUACCAGUUUUCAAAAGGAAAUCUGAGCAAGGGAACAAAGACAGCUCAGCACUUGGCAACACGAAAAGAAAACAGAGCGCGGUUACAGAGCCUACCCUGCCGGCACAGAGAACUAGUGCAACCCAGGGAGGCAGACCAAGUUUAGGUUCCCCUACUAGAAAAAGACCAGAUAGUAACACUCGGGUACAGGCCAGGAACUUAAACCAGAAGAGCGUCAGACCUCCGCUAGAGAAGAGCUCUGAGUUCUGUGAGCACGAGAGGGACCAUCCAGCUUCUGAUGGGAAGCAGACUGUGUACUCCAGUGAAGGUAGACCACUGUCUGCUAAUGCCGUGACACAAAUGUCAAGUAACAGCUUAAGGGUGAUAAAAAAUGCUGUCGACAGCCACACCAGUGGAAAACACAAUUUAACAAGCAGAUUUAUAACACAAAUUUUGGGGAAAAGCCAUGAGUCACUAAAGCUCAAAAGCCAGCCACACAUUUUUGAAUCAGACUUAGAGACUGAAGACUCCCAACUACAGCAGCCACAGCUAGCAAAUCGAAUUAAAGAAGCUGAUGGAGGUGACUGUGGCCUCACAGUGAGCAAAGCAUCCCACAAGCACAGAAGGAAGUUAUGUCUUGAGUCUUCAAAAUCUGCUACAAAGCUUUGCUCUAAUGCUGCACGUCAGGGGCGACCCGGUUCUUCUAAGAAACAGGUAUCUAGUACAACAAAACCCAAGAAUUCCCUCAGGGUUCCUGAGGCUGAGUACAGUGUGGAACAGAGACUGCCCACCAGAGAUGAUCACUCGGAAUACUGAGGAAGUUCUUCCAGACAUUGCCUAUGGGCGAGAAGAAAGCUGUGUGUGCUGCCCUGGGACUUCUUGCUUUACUCAGCACUUUUCAUUUUUGCAUAGUAUUUUAUUGGCCGUGGACAUGUCAUGUUUAACUAGCUCCCUAUUGAUGAACACUUCAGUUGUUUGCGACCAUUCAGUAUUAUAAGUCAUGUAACUUGUUCUAUAUAGAAUGUUGCAAGUUACCAAUUUUUCCCAUAUGAAACAUUAUUUUUUUUAAAGACAGAGUUUCAUUCUGUAGCCCCAACUAGCCUAGAACUUGCUCUGUAGACCAGGCUAGCCUCAAACUCACAGAGAUCUGCCAGCCUCUGCCUCCCAUGUGCCACUUUACUCAAUGUAGUACUUUUGAUAGUUGAAAACACCUUUAUUUUGCCUUUACUCUUUACCACUGAAAUUUGUUGGAAGUGUCUGUUUCACUGGCAGAGGUUGGGGGCUUCACAGGUACGGUAGGAUAAGAUAAUCAAUAGCACAUGAGGACACGAAGUGCCUGUCACCCAGACCUGCUGGCGGCUAAUGUUUGACCUGUCUCCUCUUUUACAUUACAUUACAGACCCCUUUUACUGUAAUGCUUUAAAGAAAAUUCCAGGAAGCACAGUUUCAUUCAUGAACACUUUAGAAUACAACUCUAACUUAAGGUACAGGGGACUUUAAAGAGAGAAUGUGUGUAUUUUUACUAUACAUUUUGAAAGUCCCCCUGUUUGUCUCCAAAUUAACCAUAUUAUUGCAGUUAUACUAGGAAAGGGACUCUGCUUUGUAAUCACUGUUUCUUCAUAACCUUGGGCAAAUGGAUUUAAUGUUUGUUUAGGGAGUUCAUGAUGUGCUAUAUUGCCAAUAAAUUUCACUUUUUUUUAUAUGUAACUAUCAGGAAGCCACCAGAGACAUAGUCCAAUCUCACCACAGAAUUAGGGCCUUUAUUGGAGUGGAGAAUUCUGUGCCCAGCAGUGCAUUAUCCUGCUAGGUGCCAGGCAGUGGGCCAUGCUCUGUGUCGACCUCUGAAAUGAUGGACUUGCCCUGAAGGCUGAGUCUAGUCUUUAGCAAACACGUAUGGGCCUGUGGCUCAGGCUUAGGGUUAUGUAUGUGAUGAAGCAAGUGUCCAGGAUCACCUGCUUGUCCUCCACAAAAACUAACAUUUAAAGGAAUGGGAGCGAGAUGCACAAACAGUGCUUCUCACCAAAUGAGAAUCUUUCCCACUUUCAAAAUGUUUAGGCUUUAAAUGGAUUUGGUAACAUAUAAUUGGCAUAUAUUUUUAAAAGUCAAAACUCUUCAUUGAAUAUCCUACUUCAAUAAUCCUUCAUCAUAUAAAAAAAAAACAGCAGGGAAUGACGUGUAAGUUGAACUAUGAUUGUUUAAAUAUGGUUUGCUGUUGCUAACAAUUCAUCAAAACCAGUGCAGGUAAACAAAGUAAGUGCUAACCUCCUUCACAUGUGAGUGUAGCUCCCACUCCCAGAGUUAUCCCUAGUAAUGACUUUGCCCUAUAUCUUCACUGUGAGCACUUCAAUUUUCCAGAACUACCUCGUUCCAAAUGUAUCGUCUUCAUAGGAAGAACGUACAUUUAAGUCACAGCCCGUUUUAAGUGCUCCUUUCUCACAAAACCCAUACUGUAAACAGCCAGCAGUCCACAGUAAAGACCAGGACAUUGUUUGGCUUGUGGAGAAAUGUAUAGUUUUUGAGAGUGAUGUACUGAAAUAUGCAUGUGUGGUCAGCACAGUCAUCCACCCGUGGCCAUUCUUGGACCAGCCUUCCCUGGUGCUUCCCGGGACUGCUCCAUGAUUAUGCCUUAGGCUGUGAAGAUGUCAUACCACUCAACUCAGCAAACUAGUUAAAAGAUGAGUCCACUGCUGAAGCAGUGUAUGGUGUUCGCCAGAUCUUUACAGAAUCUUUGUAAUCUCUCUUCCCCUACUCUGUUAAUCCUUACUACUUUAGAACUGACAGGAUAUUUCUUUCUUCUUUCUUUCUAGACAGGGUAUCAUGUAGCCCAGGGUGGCCUUGAAUUCACUGUGCAGGCUAGAGUGACUUUGAACUGCUGAUGCUCCCACCUCUGCCUCCAGAGUGCUAGAUAAUAACAUGCUCAAUUUAUGCCAUACUGGAGAUUGAAUGCAGGGCUUUGUGCAUGAGGCAAGUACUCUACCAACUGAGCUGUAUCCCACGCACUAGUACUUCAUUUUAGACAAGUGUUCACAUACAUACAAGGCUUGCUGUGCUAAAAUGAAUACGAGUCUGUUUCCUUGUAUAAAGUACAUUUUUGUCUUAUAAUAUUUUUUUUUUUUUGGCUUUUCAAGACAGGGUUUCUCUGUGUAGCCUUACACCUUUCCUGGAACUCCCUCUGUAGACCAGGCUAGCCUCAAACUCACAGAGAUCCGCCUGGCUCUGCCUCCCGAGUGCUGGGAUUAAAGGUGUGCGCCACCACUACCCGGCCAUAUAAUAUGUAUUCUAAUGAAACACACCCACACACACAAUCUGUGCUCAAUUUCACCAGAGAAAUCAAUGAAGAUCCUGGUUCAUGUUGAAGAUUUCAGUUUCUGGGGCUAGAGAUAACUCAGCAGUUAAGAGCACUUAACUCCUCUUGUCAAGGAUGUGCGUUUGUUCUCCAGCACCAUAUAGCUGCUCACAACCAUCUGUAACUCGGGUUCCAAGGGGAUCUGACGUCCUCUUCCAGACACUCAGGCACUGGGCACACACAUGACACACAUACAUACAUGCAGGCGAAACACUCAUAGACAUAAAAUAUUUUUAAAUACUUCAGUUUCUGAGAGCCAGAAUAAUUGUAUAGCCAAUUGGGAAAAAAAUAAAUUUUACUUUUUUUAAGGUUUUGAUGCUUUGUUUGCAGUUUGGACCUUUUCCAAAAAUUCUUUCCUUACUUUUUAGUUCUGCAUUACAGGGCCAUUCCAGGUUUAAACCAUAAAUGGAGUUAUGUUUGCCUAUAUCAGGAGGCUUAGAAAUCAACCACCACACCAAAGCAAACUUAUGGAAAUAGACCAAAAUUAAUGCCAAGAAUCCUAUUUGUAGUUAUGUAAAAAAUGUUUCUCAUGUGUAUUAGCUGCUUAUUAUAUUUGUAUUUGGUUUUAUAUUUUAUUUUAUAUAAUUAUUUUUACUUUGUGUUUAUUACUCACUGUCACAAAUAGGGUAAAAAUUUCAAGCAUCUCAAAGACUUGUUUACCAACCAAUUUUCACUCUGUUUUCAAGUUGCAUAUGAUCUGCUUUUAUGCUGGACUUGCUAAUAUAUGAGUAUUUGUUGAUAGUUGUAAAUAAUAAAAAGACUCAAAGAUGCAUGA